GCUCGCACUCCCGGCUCAGUUACACCUGUCUGGAUUCGGUGUCGCACGGCUCAGCCGCCGGUUCCCUGGCUCCCUGCGGGCGGUCUCACCCACCACCAUGUCGGCUCCUGCUACCAAUCCCAGCCUGAACUCUAACGCCAUGGCUUUCCCAGCUCCUCGGAUAACCCUACCUCUGGGGAUCUCGGUUCUGCAGACUUACUCCGGGGCUUUCAUUUGUUUAGAGAUUCUGUUCGGAGGUUUGGUGUGGAUUUUGGUCGCUUCGUCCAACGUGCCUGUGCCCCUGAUGCAAGGCUGGGUGAUGUUCGUGGCUGUCACUAUGUUCCUGUGUUCCACGCUGUACCUGUGCGUGUACCUCUGCGGCCUGGCUGACCGACUGGAUACGGACUGGAAUCUGGUUGAUUUUGUCUAUCAUUUUGUUGCCUUCGUAUUCUACUUUGGAGCGUCAGUCCUGGAAGCUGCAACAACGGCUGCAGCUGCAGAACGUCACUUGAACAAUGCAACCUCAUCUGUUGUGACCAUUCUAGGUUCUCAGCAGUACCGUAUAAAUGUUGCUGCUACGAUAUUCUCUUUUGUUGCUACUCUGUGUUAUGCCUGCAGUUUGGGUCUUGCUUUGAGGAGAUGGAAGCUGUAAGUCACAAGAUGCGAACUGUUUGGGAGGGUGUGGAUGGCUGGAUUCAUUACCAUUGGCACAACAUCCUUGAAGACACCUGAAGUUGCUUCCCAAGAGAGGGGUGGUCCUUUUGUAGACCAAUUCUGUUUAAUACUGAAGUAUUUUUGCAGCAGCAAUGGAUUUUGUUUAUAUAUUAAUAGCUUUUUUAUGAUCAUUUUCAGUGUUAAGUUCAGAAGUUUGUGAAAUAGAAUAAAAUAGUUUCCACUUUAUCUGAACGUUGGGUGCUGUUAUCUAAAUAUUUAUAGUUUCAUAAACACACUAUUCCAAUACUAGUAAGAGCAGGAGUUCAUUUACUGUAAAAGUCCACUUUAGGAAAUGAAAGGCUCCAAAGAGAUUAGCGGGGAAAAAAGCAGACUUUAUCUGUUAUUUGGUUGUGAGCACUCCUUAUUUCUUCUACAAAUGCUAAUUAUUUUCAUUGUGUAACUAAGACUGUGAUCACUUAAAAGUAAACUUUUAUUAAAUUUGCAAAGAUUGCAUAAUUAGCCAUUGGAAUUUUCAUAAAUAUUGUGUACAGGAUGUACAGUUAGUAUGCAAGUGUGUUGAAUCUUGAGUGCAGAAAGUGUUGCAAAAGCAACAAUAUUCCAAUUAUACUUUCUCAUGCUUAAAUUUUCAGGAACCCUUUUUAAGUACCUAUUUUUCACUAAUAAGCUUUUGUGUCUUGGACACAUUGAGUCUGAAAUGGUUUUGCCAAGUCUGAUCUGAGACUCAACAUCUGGUGAAAUUGAUGCUGUUAAUAAGCUUGUGAAUAAAGCUUUCUGAAAAGGUUUUUCCCAAUAAUAAUGAGCUACUCCAUACACAUGAAGCACUUAAACAUCUUGUUGAAAAAUGCAGAGGUCUGGGAUAUGUUACAGGUUGUGACUUGCCAAAGUUUAUUUUUAGAAAGCAGUUAGAACAUUACAGCACAGUACAGGCCCUUCGGCCCUCGCAGUUGUGCCAACCUGUCGUACCAAUCUGAAGCCCAGUUACAUCUCCAUAUUGUACAGUUUCAUUAAAAUUUUUACAAAAGUUUAGUGUUGUAGUCACAUCUUAGAAACUUACUUUCCAAAUCAUUAGCCAGUGAGAAGUCAUUCUUGCAUACAAUGUGAGCCAAGAUUUCAGGCCAUGAUUUUCAUGACCCGUAUCUAAAUUUUCUAUUGGAUCUGCCAGAAUCCAAUAUUUUACAAUGACAAUUGCAAAGAAUAGAGUUUGCCUUUCUUCCCCACUCUUCCCCCCCCCCCCCCCCCCCGCCCACUUACUCAUGAACGUGGAUGUUGACGAGGUUCAUAUUUAUUGCGCUCGAAAAGGUGAUGGUCAACUGCUGCCUUGAACUACUUCAGUUGAUGUGGCGAAGGUAGACCCACCAUGUUAGACAGUUGGAGGAUUUUGACUCAGCAGUGAAGUAAAGACAGUAUAUUUCCAAGUUAGGAUAGUGAGGCCUAGAGAGGAAGUUGCAGUGGUGGCCUUCUCAUGUAUCUGUGGCCCUGACCUUGUAGACAGUACAGCGAGUAGAUUUAAGGGAUGCUGAUGUAGGAACUGUGGCGAAAGCUGCAGGCGUCUUGUAGGUGCUCUUGUAGCCUUUGUGUUUAUGGUGAAGGGAAAAAAGAAUUGUAAGGUGUUAGUUCGGUGCCAUUCAAACAGACUGCUUUGUUGUUAAGCUACUUGAGUGUUGAUGAAGUGGCACUAAUUCCAUCACACUCCUGACUUUACCUUCAUAGAUGGUGGGCAGACUUCAGAGAGUUUGGUGACCAUGUUGCUAUGGAAAUUCCAGCCUCUGACUUACUCCUAUAGCCACAAUAUUUAUGCCUGUUCCAGUUCAGUUGUUGGUGAAUUGUAACCCCAGGGAUAUUGAUUGGAGAUUGUGAUAGCAAUGCUGUUUGAUUCUCAAGUGGCAAUGGUUAAAUACUUUCUUGUUGAUGGUCAUUGCCUUGUACUUGAUUGGCACAAGUGAAAUACACCACUGAGUAGCAGCAGUUUUACAAAUUAAAAUCAAGCACUUGCUGAUUUUCCAAGUUAAAAAUCUGAAGGAAAAUCAAGAAUUUCAGAUAGCAACUGGCUGUUCUUAGAACAGUCUGUGUAUUUGUUAGUGUUAUGGUCAUGGAGGUCAUCCAUAGAACACAUUUCAGUCAUCUAAAAGCAAACAUUAAUCAGUUACCAAGUAAUUCAGCUUGGUCAGUUAAUUUUGUGAAACCCUCUCAAAUUUUUUUAAAUUGGAGAUGAAUGGAAGUUUCUUCCUGUUUCCACCCAACCCCAGCCAAAAACCCCACACUCAAUAUGGUGAAUCAGUUUUAAAUUGUUUACAUAGUGUUUUAUUUCAACUGGCUUCCUUACCUUAGUUGUUGAAAACCUGAAGUUAGUAAUCCACAAAACCUUCUUAGGUGUUCACUUUCUUAAGCAGUGAAUUAACUAUCAAAAAUAAUCUGCUGUGUGCCACAUUUUAGCCUAUAUUCUAACUGUUGGUGAAUUACUUUUGUACGUGAGAUUAUUCAGAAACUCCUAACUGAGUAGCAUGCUCAAUACUUCCAAACACUGCCCACCAAUUUCAGGAAAAUCAUUUGAAAAAUGCUGUAGUUCCCACUAUCCAUUAAAUUUCAGUGAAUGGGAGAGGAGCCCUUUAAAUCAAUCUAUUAUUUACUAACAUGUAAUCUCCAGAAACUGAUCCUGAGUCAUAAUAGCAAUUACUUCAAGUGACUGAUUCCUUCAUAGCAAUGUGACUAUUGAAAGUUAAAACCUGCCACAAGUGACGCGAGGAUUUUUCUUUUAAGUUUGAGAAGUUUCAUUCUGAUUUUGUAACAUCUAUUUUAUGAAUGAACAUUUUAACUUCCAUCACUCAAAUUACUGUUAUGAUGCAGCUACUCAUUGCUGCUCAAUUACCUACCUGAAGAUGGCUUUAUUGUACAGAUUUACAUUAAAUUUGUGGCAUUUUAAAUUCUUUAUUAAAGGUCGUUUGAAACAGUAA